UCCCCUGUAAACUUCCCUCCUGCACCUGCAUAGAGGCCCAAAAUACUGCCAGAAUGAAGCUCGACGUAAAAAAUAUCCGUUAUCUCACCUCCGACGACUGGCGCGUCCUCACAGCUGUCGAAAUGGGCUCCCGCAACCACGAAAUCGUGCCCACCCCGCUAAUUGCCCAAAUUGCUUCCAUCCGCUCCGGCACCGGCGUCCAUAGAUGCAUCUCCGCGCUUGCGAAAAUCGGACUGAUCGCCAAGGUCAAGAACGCAAAGUAUGAUGGCUACCGGCUCACGUACGGGGGUCUGGACUAUCUCGCGCUGCAUACCCACACCAAGGCGAAGACGGUCUACUCGGCUGGGAAUCAGAUUGGCGUGGGCAAAGAGAGCGACAUCUAUGUCUGCGCCAGUGAGACAGGGAAGCAGUUGGUGUUGAAGAUACAUCGUCUUGGCCGCAUAUCUUUCCGUACCGUAAAGGCCAACCGCGACUAUCUGCGUAAUCGGUCCUCUGGCUCGUGGAUGUAUAUGUCGCGGCUGGCCGCACUGAAAGAGUUCGAGUUCAUGAAAGCGCUACGCAGAGCAGGCUUCCCGGUGCCGGAACCCGUAGCCCAUAACCGACACACCAUAAUUAUGGGACUCGUCGACGCGUUCCCCAUGCGGCAAAUUUCCAGCGUAGGCGACCCGGCUGGGCUGUACGCCGAACUGAUUUCCCUGAUCGUGCGGCUUGCACAACACGGCCUGAUCCACGGCGACUUCAACGAAUUCAAUGUCCUGAUCGAAGAAGCCCCCUCUACAUCCUCAGCCUCCGAAGAACCCCUUCAACCCCUAGCCCUCGUCCCCACCAUAAUCGACUUCCCCCAAAUGGUAUCCAUCGACCACCCCAAUGCCGAAUACUACUUCGACCGGGACGUCGCCUGUAUCAAGCGCUUCUUCUCCCGUCGCUUUGGCUUCACGAGCGACGAGCCCGGGCCUUUCUUCACAGAUUCCACCAAAGUCAUUAAAAAGCGACUCGAUGUCGACGUUGAGGCUAGUGGCUUUAGUCGGAAGAUGGCAAGGGAGUUGGAUUUGUAUAUGAAGGAAGUGGGUGUGGAUGGGGAUGGGGAUGGGAAUGUCGGGGGUGAGGAGAGGGAGGAUGACGAUAAUGAUGAGGAGGAGGUUGAAGAUGGGGAUGAGACUGAGGAUAUGGCUCGUAGUGUAGGUGAUGAGGGGAAGGCACAAGCGCCAGACCUAGAAACUGCGAUAAAAGAAGAUGUCGCCGCUGCCACAUCCACCCAACCCCUCGCAUCCUCGAUAACAAUCCUCGACAUCCUGGACAACGACCCCUUACCCUCUCUAUCCGAAGUCAAACCUCCCCCGAAACCCACUAUAUCCACCAAAGCCGCCAAAGCGAAGGCUGGGUGGGCAAUCUGA